UGGAGCAGUAAAUUAAAUGAACAGAGGAAAUUGUGUUGCAACAGAGCAAAAAUUAGUAUUGAAGUGUCAUGUACUCAAACUUGUACCAUUUGUCUUUAAACACAACAUUGACCUAAUUUGUUGGCAGGUUCAAAAAAUUGAUAUUGGCUAUGCCAAAACUGCCAAAAAGAUGGAUGUAAAAAAGCUGAAGGGAGCCAUGUGGGGACUGCUAACUGACAAUGGUGAAGGGAACAAGGAAAAUGUUGCCAUAGAUCAGCAGGGAAAACAAACAGACAAUAGCACUGUGACUACUCCUCACUCAUUCAAAGAAAUUUAUGCCCGGUUACCUGGAAAACUUUCCAAGAACAUGGCAAAGAACUUGUCAGUGUCCAUCGCCUUCGUCUGCAUCCUUCACCUGGCAAAUGAGAAGGUAAGAAACACAAUAACAAAAACAAUGUGCUCUAACUGCCUGGCUGCCUAUUAUUAGUUUAGUCCACAGGUUUUGACAAUA